AUGUCUGACGAUAACAGCGAUAUUGAUAUGGAGUACGAUAGCACGGGAGGUUACGAUGAUGAUGACGAUGUCAUCGAUCUAGAUUCUAAUAACCUUUCCUCAAACGAAGAAGAAGAAGGUUCAGAUUUCAAUUUAGUGUCUUCAAACCCUCAAUCCAAUAAGAAGUUAUAUGAAGUAGAUUUCAAAGUAUUAGAUGAAGAUGAAUUGACCUUUCGUCAACACGAAGAAAUCAAACACGUUGCUGGUAUCAUUGGUAUCGAACCUAAAGAUGCUGCUUUGGUACUUCGUUACUUUGGUUGGAACAAAGAUUUACUCAUGGACAAAUAUAUGGAUUCGCCUGAGAAGGUUUUCACCGAUGCCGGAAUUUAUCAACCUCAUUUACAGAACUCACCAGAUUCAUCAUCUAAAUCCACCAAACGAAGGACCACUCGUUCGACCCCAGCUUUUGUUUGCCAGAUAUGUUACAAUGAUUCACCAGAUCAAGCUACAGUCUAUUUACCAACAUGUCCACCACUCCAAUCAUCCUCUACAACCUCUAGCUCUAAACCAACUUCAGUUCGUCACGAGUUUUGCGAAGACUGUUAUGCACAUUACGUGAUUGGUAAAAUCCGAGAAGGAGAAGCUAGAACGAUUGAGUGUAUGGAAACAGGUUGUAAACAAAUUGUAGAUGAGAAUACGAUUAUCAACCUACUCAAAUCUAUAGGUCAAGAUCAUUAUGAGUAUACUUCUCUAUUAGAAAGGUUUCAAACUUUAUUGAAUCGGACAUUUGUGGAAGAUAGUGCUUCAUUAAAGUUUUGUCCUGCUCCGAAUUGUGUGUAUGCGAUUGAAUGUCAUGUUUCAAAGAAAAGUUUGGAUGCCGUAGUUCCGAGUGUCACUUGUGAUUGUGGAUAUAGGUUUUGUUUUGGUUGUAGUUUACCAGAUCAUCAACCGUGUAUUUGUCCAGUGGUUAAGAUGUGGCAUAAGAAAUGUGCGGAUGAUAGUGAGACAGCUAAUUGGAUCUCAGCUCAUACGAAAGAAUGUGCGAAAUGUCAUUCAACAAUCGAAAAGAAUGGUGGUUGUAAUCAUAUGACUUGUAAGAAGUGUAAAUAUGAGUUUUGUAGGGUUUGUCAAGGAAACGAUAUUUACCAUUAUUAUAAUCGAUUUGCGAAUCAUGAACAAUCAUUAAAAUUAGAUAAAGAAUUACAUGCGAAAACAGAAAGAAAGAUGGAAGAGAUUCAAGAUUUUUCAAAUUUAAGUUGGAUUGAAGUACAAUUCUUAGAAAGAGCAGUUGAAACUUUAUCGGUUUGUAGAACUACUCUUAAAUGGACUUAUGCUAUGGCAUUUUAUCUUGAGAAAAAUAAUUUUACUGCUCUUUUUGAAGAUAAUCAACGUGAUCUUGAACAAGCUGUUGAGGAAUUAUCUGGGUUGUUGGAAGAACCUAUUGAACCUGCUACGAUUGCAGCCUUGAGACAAAAAGUCACAGAUAAGACGGUUUAUGUACAUAAACGAAAUGAGAUUAUGUUGGAAGAAACUGCAAAGGAUUAUCAAGAUGGAAGAGUAGUUUGGAACACUACAUUCAAAUUAUGA